UGAAAAAUGUUAAUUAACAUUCGUUAGGCAAUAAAUCUUUACAUCUGGCAACCCGCUGUACAAACCAAAACCAUUCUACGACCCUGAACCGCCUGAACAUGAACAUGGAAUCGACGAAUAAUUGGAAUAUUAUAUCGAGUCCGUCGCUUCAACUUCAACUUUGCUCGCUGGUUCCCAGUUAGCGCAACGCGCAGUGCAGUGAGUGGAGACAAGUGUAUAUAUGUUUGUAUAUAUAACUUUCACAAUCAUGGCGAAUCCAAGAAAAUUCAGUGAAAAAAUUGCUCUGCAGAUGCACAGACAAGCGGAAGAAACUGCCAGAUUCGAACAGAUUAUGAGGGAAGUGUCGGAAGCCACUGCUCAGACAGAGGAAGCUACUCAACCGAGGUCUCUUAAUCAUAGGGUAGGAAGACCACGAUCACAAGCAGGACCAAUAAGAAGACCACACGACAGAAGACUGGAUACUUCACCCUAUUCAAGCGGUUCGUUUUUAAGUCCACCACCAGAUACAAGCUGGGGUAAUAGACGAGCUAACAGUGAUUCAGCUUUACAUCAAAGUGCAAUGCAGGGUUCUAGUCCUGAAAGAAACGAUAAUACCAGGCAUAGGUGGAUGGUGCCCGAUAACAGAGAAAGAAAUGACGGACGGCCCAGAUCGAGCUGUGAUGUAUCUCGAAUAUCUCCUAGAAUACAUGUAUAUCCUUCGCCUCAGGUGCCAGGCUCUGUACAAGUACCAAUUGGAAAUAAUACUGGUUCUCUACCAGAUCUCACGAAUAUGGACUUCUCAUCUCCAAUAUCAGUACCCCUAGACCAAGACAGAGAUCAAGGAAGCUCACCUUACGGUUCUGAUUAUUUAUUUCCAAAUCAGUACGUAGACCUUGAUUCAUUUACUCCUGUGAAUGCAUUUCAGAGUCCUGUCAAUGUAAGCCCCUCAGCAUCACCGACUAACAUACAUCAAGGGGUUCGAAAUCAAAACCGAUUUCAUUUCAAUCAAGGACAGACGCAUCCUCCUCAUUCUAAUCAUUUAUCAGUUCCAGUAAAUCCUAGAUAUCCUCUUCGUCCUCACAAGGGUCUGCCAUUAGAAGAGAACAUACCAGUUAUAAUAGAUGGAGGGCCUCAUAAUGACAUGUCAAAUAUGUAUCGGCAACGUUGUUCUCCCCCUUCAUCAUCUCCGACGCGGCCUGGCACAUAUAGAUCGAGACCGAGUCCACAUUCUUCUCCUAGUCCUGGAGGUAGACAUUCAGCUCCUUGUAGUCCCGGUGCUCCUAGUCCAUUAUCAAACGAUUAUCACUCUCUGUUCAGUCCACAACAAGCCACACAAUUCCAGCAGAACUUCGAACAGUUAUCGAUGUUGGACAAUCCUGUCAACACGGUUUCCUAUGUAGAAGAUCAUCAUGUGGCUGGCCAAAUGACUCAAAACAAUCCACAAAACUUAUCAGAUGUUUCUGGUGCUACAAAUAUAGAAUUAACGUCAGAUGGAGGCUACUACAGUACUUCACCAUCGCAGCUAAUGUAUCCAACCACAUCGCCGAGCUUGCACACUACUCCAAACACACCAACUAGCAUACCCGAUAUUACAUUGACAGACUUCUCGUCGGCGUCAGAAGAUACAACAAGGCAGGAUUUAGCAGCAGUAAAACAGUUUGAACAAGAAUUAUUUUCUGAAGAUGCAUUACGAAGUAGUUUGGAACCGCUAGGCUUAGAUGAAUUCCAAAUUUUAGCAGAAAAUGGUAUUAAUUUCAUACCAGAUACCAUAGAAGAACAUUUCAGACUGGAUCAUUCAUAACAAAAAUAAAAAAGGUUUACUGCCAUCAUAUCUUGUACCUUUGAUAUACACUUCCGACCUUUUUGAACUUCUAGAUGUGAUCUUCAACUCUACUAAUGUCCCAGCUGAGCGGAUGAGUGAAAUGUUUGAACACAAGAAGGUUGAAUGGUGUAGUUAUCAACAUUUCUAUUUGGUGUAGUCAGGACAGAUGAUGAAAAUAGAAAGAAAUAUAAAUGUAAUGAUUUACGUUUGUGUCAUAAAAACCAAUUAAUUAUAUUUGAAGACUGAUAGCAGUUUUACACUGUUUUAACGAAUUUUUGAAUAAUUUGAAUCAAAAAAGUCAACAUUUGAUAAUUGAAUAAGUGGGUUCAACUUUUCUUAAUGUAUAUUUAUUGUUUGUAUGAUAAGUACACAAUAAAACGUUUUAUUAUAA